UGCAGGUUUCGCACCAGUAGAGGACAACUGGGUAUCGACGAACACACGAGACUAAUCCACGGCAACACUCCGGCGCCCACUACUCCGUCGCCCACCGCUGCUAAACCAAGUGCUGUGGAGCGCAUUGAGGGUUCCCGCGGACUCCACUGUCCGUACACUAACUGUAAUUAUACGACUACUUCCGGGAAGAGUUUGAGAGCGAAUUUACAGAAACACAUCAAAAGAACGCAUCGGAAUAAACCAUUUAAAGGGAAUACAGUUAAAGUGAAUUUCGGACAAAAAGUUGGUUCCACUCAACAGAAAAUUAGCAGCUUUUUGAAGAGCAAACGCAUAGAGCGCUGCACUUUUAAUGGUUGCGACUAUACAACCAUUUGGGGCGUUGGGACUCUCAACAAACAUCUUCGGGCCAAACACGGCGUGCGAUCCAUCGCUUCACCAAAAACGGAGUCCAAACCACAGGCUUUUGGUUCUCCAACGAGACCUAAAACACAGAGCGUCCCAAACCCGACUCAAACUACAAGCAUUGCUAAGCGUUUAACGGCAUUACAGUCUCCCGUAAAGACCAAUGGACUGCCGUUGCGGUGCACUAAAUGCUCAUUUGUCACCCGAAACGGGUUUUACAAACUUAAACAACAUAUGGCAAUACAUUCCCGGGAAUUGCCCUUUAAGUGCACUAAAUGUGAUGCAAGCUUUGGACGACCUUCUGAUUUAACGAAUCAUCAAAAAAGUUAUCACAAAUCAGUUGCGGUGUCGACACCACAGCCCAAACGGAAUUACCAAAACAAGUGCACUGAAUGUUCAAAAGUAUUUCGCUGGCCAUCAGAUUUGAAGCGUCACGUCCUCUCUUCCCACAAGACUUCUCGACCCAAUACUUAUGGUAGAAAUGCCACCACUUUUGAGGAUUUAAAGCCAACGAUUAGCGAACAACACACGUGUCCUCACGACGAUUGCCGGUUCACUACCGAUGAUUUGGACGAUCUUCAGAAACACGUUGUCAUGCAUUACAUCAAAAAGGAAAAAGGGAUCAAAUUGUCUGACAUUGAAAUAGAAACGAGUGGAACGACAAGUGAUAACAAUUAUGUUGUGAAGCAAGAGUUUGGAUCAAAUGAAAGCAAACCAAAGUCUUCGCUUUCUCUAAGCAAACGAAUAAUGAAUUCGUUGUUCAAAUGCGAUGAAAAGGACUGUGAUUUUAGUUGCAAUAACUCCGAGGAAUGGGUUAAACACAACGAUUGGCAUCAAAGCAAAGAGAAGCCGCGUUUUAAAUGCAUUCGCUGUCAGAAGUCGUAUUCAAAACACAGUCAACUUAAGGCACACCAAAGAUCUAAACGACACGUCUCUUACGACUGCGAGUUUUGUCAGGAAAUGUUCAAAACACCGAAUCUUCGCGUCCAACACAUGAUAUCUGCACAGCAUAUGAGUAACGGAAGCGACCCUCACAUGACAAACACAGUCGUGGAGUCCAAGAGUCCGAACAAUCAUAUGUUUGGUUCGGAGUUAAUGAAUAUGUUAUCGAAACCGCAAAUCGAAACCAAUCCAACAAAUGCUAAUUAUUUUGCCAAAUGUCCGUACAUUAAGUGCCGCCAAAAAUUCAAAUUGCGAGCAGUUAUGACAUUUCACUUCAAUAAAUGCCAUAAGAAUAUCAAAGACGAGUCACUAAUUUGUUUGACUGAAGGAAUGAGUCGGUGUCCCGAUUGCGGCCAAGUGUUCAAUAAGAAGAGUAAUAUGAAACGACACCGAACUAAAGUCCAUAGAAACGACACAACACGGGAGGGCACGAGUCUUCUCAAGCCAUCCACUGAUAUGUUGACAAUCAAUCCCGAGAUAUUCAACGCAACGUUUCCGUCGUUAUCGUCGAGUCAAUCGCUUGAUCCGCAACCGAACAGCUAUUUUUGUCGCCGAAACGGUUGCGGCAAAUGGUUUGAUUCGCCGCUUCGUCUUCGGGAACACUUGAACGCCGAACACAAUCGAGAAAUUAAAGCCAAAGUGGAAGCACUUGAAACCGAGUCCGAAGACUUGGUCGACGACACAUCGCCUGAAGAGCUGGAAGAGGGCGUAUUGCCAGAGGACAUGGAAGAGGAGGGCGUAUCACCCGAAGAGGCGUACGAUGAAGACGACCACUCGACUCGUUGUGAUAUCUGUAAUGUGGAUUUGGGAAGCGCUCAGGGAUUGGAUCUGCACUUCAAAUACGUUCACUUUCAGGUCUCGGACGAGAGUGAGACGAUUGAAGAGAGCAUUAAACCAUUGCAACCAUUGGCUGAUCCAACUCCAGAAGUGGAGCAAAUAUUCGAGACAAUUGUCCCGCAAAGCGAUGAUAAUUACGAUAUGAUAACACUUGAUUGA